AGAGAAGUCAAGAAGGAGAAGAAAACUGUUCAAAAAAAAGGAGAAGAAAGUUCAAAAUUCGACAACUUUGAUAAGUUGAAAAAGCAGCACACCGAGAGGCAACACACCUCUGAUCUUUAUACCUCUAACCUCCACUAGCCGCCGCCACAAUGGAGGAUGAACCACCGAUCUACCAUCUCCCACACGACACACUCCACCAGAUCUUCUCCUCCCUCCCCCUCCGUCAGAUCAUCAUCUGCCGCUCCCUCUCCAAAUUCUUCCACCACCUCCUCACCACACCCCCCUUCCUCCACCUCCUCUCCACCACCCUCCCUCCCCUCAACCUCCUCGCCCUCCGCCACAACCACCACCACCAGUCCCCCCUCCACCUCUUCGACCCCGACCUCGACCACUGGCUCCGCUUCCCCCUCGACUUCCUCCCCUUCCGCUCACCCCUCCCCGUCGCCUCCUCCCGCGGCCUCCUCUACCUCUGGGCCGAGCCAAUUGACCCCUUUCAGCCCCUUAACUCCUCAACCCCCACCAAAUCUCUCCUCGCCUGCAACCCCAUAACCCGUCAAUUCCGCGUCCUCCCCCACCUCGGCUCCGCCUGGUGCCGCCACGGCUGCGUCCUCGUCGACUCGGCCCACCGUGUCAUGGUCCUCACCGAACUCGCCGCACUCUACUACUCCGCCGUCAGCGACACCGACAACAGUAACAACCGCUGGAUGAAAUUCUCCUCAAAUCUCCCCUCCAAACCGCGGAGCCCCGUCCUGGUAGGUGACUCCGCCUUCGCGCUCUGCGAAGUCGGCUCGCCGUGGCGGAGCCAGUGGAAGCUUUUCACCUGCCGCGUUGCGCCGGCGCUGGCGAAGAAGUCCUGGUCGCGGCUGGAGCGGAACGAGUGGGGCGACGUCUUUGACAUCCUGAAACGGCCGCGGUUGGUCCGCGGCGCCGGCGACCGGGUCCUGAUGGUCGGUGGGUUGAAGUCGUCGUUCUCUCUGAACGCGCCGUGCUCGACGAUCCUUAUUCUGAGGCUCGAUCUUGGCACGCUUGAGUGGGAUAAGGCUGGGAGGAUGCCGCCGGAGAUGUUCCGGUGCUUCCAGGAGGCCGGGAAGUUCAAGGUCUUCGGCGCCGGCGAUAGGGUUUGCUUCUCUGCCAAGAGGAUCGGCAAGCUGGCGCUCUGGGACCGCAACGCUGACCAGGGGGCUGAGUGGCGGUGGAUCGAUAACGUGCCCGGAAAUGGCGACGGGCUCUACCGGGGAUUCGUCUUCGAAGGGAGGCUUGAUGCUUUGCCUUGAGGGUUCAUAAUUGGACACCGGCAACGGUAUGUUAUUAAUGGAGCAAUUUUAUCUAGUAUGAAGAAAUUGCUAUGAAGGGGAGUAUGAAAAGUGAGAAUACAGAACUGGGUUUCAUGUCAAAAUUGAAAAUUGUUUUUAAAGAUAACUGUAUCUCACUUUUAUUGGCUCAAUCAAUCAUAUUGAUUCAUACAAUUUGUAUGAAAAUUCUUCGUAUUGAUGACCAUGUUCUGAAUUAAUGUUGCUUUUUUUUUUGUCUGUAUGAACAGAUAGCAGAAUUCUGAACUAUGUUGUGAUUGUAUGGUGUCAUUAGUUUUUGAAUGCAGUUUAAAAGUGUGCACAUAAA